AUGUCGAACGACGAGAUCCUUACCGACGACUACGUCGCGGACCUGCUUGCCCAGGAGGCAAGCGACUGCUCCCUCAAGUAUUCGGCAAUGGGCAUGGAAGCAUAUCGCGAGAAUAAGAAACCCGCGAACAUGCUUAAGCCAAACACCCGGUUCCUUCGACAUAUCAUCAAAGACACCGAUAAUCACAACAAGGCGCUAUUGGCCAAGGAAGCUGCCGAAUCGAGAGCGCGGUUGAAAGACUUGGAGCGCGCCAAGGAGAUUGAGCGGCGCAAAACAAACCCGAGUACACACGACAUACGAAGACGACAGAUGGGCGACAUCCAUGCGAUUCUCGGUGGAAAGAAGCGCAGGAGAAGUGAUGGUGACGCGGGGCCAUCUUCCAGCAAAGACUCGAAAAAGCGUGAAUCUGAGCACAAGUCUAGGCGUGAAAGGGAUUCGAAGGAUAAGGACCUCUUCAAGGACCAGCGCGACGAUCGGAGGCAUCAUGGGCGAUUAUCUCGAGAAGACCGUCACAGUAAGACUGAUGAUGGGGAGUCACGCUCGGAGCGGUCGAGGAGGGAGCACAAACGGCGCGAAAGAUCACGGAGCAGAGGCUCUGAAGAGGAGGAACGACAUCGCCACUCCCGGAGACGGAAAGAUAGGUCUAGGUCACCUACGCGUCGCCGACGGUCUCGGUCCCCUAGAGAGACGAAGAGCAGGCAUCGCCAUCGGUCGCCCUUGAAUACAACGAACGAUACACGGAAGCAGAAGGAUGAGAAGGAAGAUUCAGAUGCCGGAGAAGAUCUCUUUGGGCCAGCACCGCCUCCGAAAUACCGCGGGCGAGGGACUAUCGGUGGAUCAUCAGGGAUCGAUCGACGAUUCUCGGAAAACUACGAUCCCAAGAAGGAUAUCCAGAUGGACGAUGAUGAGGGAGGUGGUAACUGGGACGACGCGGUGGAGGCGUUUAGAAACCGCCAAAAGCUUCGGCAAAACCAGGAACAGCGCCCGAGCACAGUUGAAUUCACAAAUGAUAAGGUUCCGCGGGCUGGUAAUGUGGACGAGAAGAGUGCAGAGAGUGUGCGUUGGUCCAAGGCUGGCGAGAAGAGGGAAUGGGACCUCGGUAAGGAGGAUGAGGCUGAAGGGGUAUCUUCAGGCGGGUUAUAG